AUGCUAACAUAUCUAGAUAGACAGAGAUUUGAACAAAUACGAGCUUUGUGGGAAACGGCGCGUUCGGAUGAAGAAAAUACAGUAGAUAUGGUAAGCUGGAGGGACAAAUCAGCGCCUCAGCAGCCGGUGAGCGCGGAACUGCACGAGAAUGGCGCGCGCAAGUUUCGGAGAAAGCUCAGUUACGGCCUCUCUCUAAUAUCGAAUCCUCUCUCUCAACGAAAGAUCAUCCCGGGACGCAAUCAAGGUGACACCAAUUCAUUGACUGUCACUGAGCCCUCCACAACUGACGCCAUCAUUGCGGCCUCUGCAUGCGAUCACCCGGCUUUACUAGCGCGCGAAUCAACGUCUCUCACAAACUUUCAUGACUUGAAAAAAGGUCUAGUAGGACAAGCGGAUGUUGAUACCUCGCCCCAGGGUGAUGAUGCCGAUAUCACCCCCAAGCCACUUCCUCGCUCGCGCACGUUGGGCUUCAUCCCACUCUCGGUCGGCACUGAGCCUGAUACACUAGCGACAGGUAUCAAAGAAUCCAUCAAGCUUUGCUCUUCGGCAGUGAUUCCGAUAUCUGAGCUAGAUUCAGUGCCUUCAAAGAUUCCCUCACCAAGUCCUCCGUUGUUCAAACAUCGUUGCGCUAGUCCACGCCGAUAUCUUCACCACCAUACAUCCUUCAAUGCAUCACAACAAACCAAAUACGUUGCUGCAGCUCAAGCCUUAGCCAGCCCCAACAAACGAUCACCUGCAAGAAUCUCACAACCGUUACGGUCACGAACAACACCAAACCUUAUGAAGGGAUCGAACGCGCGACAGACUGCAGGGUUCAUGGCUCCUAGGCAACCAGGACCCAAGAAACCCAAUGUAUCCCAAAGACCCGAGAAGCCAGUACUACAGGAAAACGUCCCUAUCGAAAAGCGCAUUAAUAACAGGCGGCCACAAACACAAGAGAGUAUGCUGAAGCGUGAAUCGCUUGCAGUCGCGGGAGCUCUAUACGAUAGGAGGUCUUUUGGACCAAACACUCCAAUUAUGCAGGGCAGAAGGACAAGCUUUGUAACUCCACCAACUACAAGCAAACAAACGAGCCCCCAUCUUACUCAAAACACUCCAGUCACUGCGAAGAGAAUUCGAUGUGAGGGGCAGACCGCACGGCCACCACCAAGCUGCCUUACUAUGAAGCCGGAUCUAGCCUCAAUGCCUUCAUUUCCAGACACCUCGACAAAGAAGAUAUCACAUAGGGUUCGUUCCUCAAAGCCCAAUAUGCUACGAUCUUAUACACAGGCAGAUUUGUCGAGGAAAACACUAGAUACGCCGAAUGGCUUGGGUGGCGUUUGGCAGCCGUCUCGUACGCUUGCUGUGGUAAAUCACGAGGUGAGCAAACUUUCACGCUGCAAUACCUUCCAUCAUCUUGGAACUCAGCCGGAAGUUGCUCCGACAGUGCCUCUUCUGCCACUGCACCACAAAAAGCUAUCCCUGUCAGAGAUAACGCAGCAUUUACGUAUGAGUCGAGAUACGCCCGCCACGCCUCGCCACGGAAGAAUAGUAUCCGAUAAUUUUCCAUGCCAGUCAAUACCCGAAGAGAACGGCGAAGAGGUGUCAAGCCAGGGCUAUACAAGUAUGCCACUUGAGGUUGCAAGAGCCUCUGCUCCGUCAGAGACACCCAGUUCAUCAACCUUCAGUCUUACGAUAUUUCCCUCGUUACCAGAUACACCUCAACCUUCAGUCAUGGGAACACUCCCUGAAUUGGGAACAACAACGAGAUCUUCCCAAGAAACUUCUCGCGAGACUUUAGGAGAUGUUCGGGGAGAAGAGACGCCGGAAGAUGCUGACAAUAGUGUUUUCCAGGUCAAAGAUUACAUGCCGCCGCUGUAUUGGGCUGGGAGAUUUCAGUCUCGGUAUGACCAGUGGCGUACUGAAGCUAUGAUUGCGGAAUUGAAUACUCAGCCGGGCCAGCGAGGAGAGGACCCGUUGAGCGAAUACAGGCUCGACCAGGGAAACCUUGCCGCGUGUCAUAUCUUCGCGCAGCUGCGUGCUCUAUGUACCACUGAUCAAGCAGUAGAUAGUCUUUGGGUCUGUGAUGAGUUCGAGUACAAGUAUCGAAAGGAUCACAGGCUGCUUGGCAAUCAAGCUGAUCUCCCAACAAGAGCCCCGCCUAAGCAAAGCGAUAGCGAAACUGCCCUAGAGACUGGAGCUGGUACUCUUGAACGAGCUUUAAGAAAACUGACUCCCCGCAAGAGUAGCCUUGUCAAUCUCAUGAAAGGCAAAGGAUGGAACAAAUCGGAUGAGAUGAAGGAGGAUGAUACGUUGGAGGAAGAUCGGGAGACAUAUUCGAGGAAGCCCUAG